UCCUGGUAACAUGCAGCCUGUGUCUAGCCUCAGGUGCAGGGAGCAAGAAGAGCCAUCUUUGCAGCAGCUCGUGCCCAGAUCUGUCAGGGUUACUGGGGCUACAGGAGCAGGAGGAUCAUCCUCUGGUGUCAUAGGUUUCCAAGGGCCCCAAAGACACCCCAAACUCCCUCGAGAGCUCAGCCUGCAGGAGCAGCAGGAGCUUAGGCGGAAGAUAAACAGCCGGGAGAGAAAGAGAAUGCAGGACCUCAACUUGGCCAUGGAUGCUCUUCGGGAAGUGAUGGUACCUUACUUUUCCUCCCCCUCUUCAUCUCCCGGUGCAGGAGGAGGAGGGCUGCAGCACCCUUAUCUGCCUCCCGGAGCUCCUCCAAACGGCCGCCGUCUCUCAAAAAUCUCCACUCUGGUUUUGGCACGAAACUAUAUCCUUCUGUUGGGUUCAUCCCUUCAAGAAAUGAGGCGACUCCUGGGCGAGGUCAGCAUCGGGAUGAGCGUUGGAGGGACGGUACCACGCCUCCUCCUCACUAGAGGGUGGCCGUUUCUCACAGGUCCAGGACAGCUUCUGCUAAGUCCCCGGGAGGUCCAGCCGCUUGGCCAAGUCAAGUGUACUUCACUGCCACUGAAUGACCACUCAAAUCUGGAGGAAUCGUGGGGUUCAGGAAGGGUGAAUGGAACCCCACUCUGCCCCUGCGGUGUGUGUAGGGUGCCCAGAGUGGUGCAUGGUGCACCUACAUCACGCUUCCAAAAAUAA